CCCGGAGCUUCUUCAUUCCCCGGACCACCUACCCUACCCCCUUCAACAAUCACCCGAACCUCCCACCGACGGAGCGCGACAAUCCGUCACACAAAUCCGCCCAUCAUGCGUCGCGCUCUAAGACUACGGCAGUCGAGGAAUCUUCUUGCUGCCUCGGCGCCCAACCACGCCCACCCGCAGUCCUUCCCAACGACGACGACGCGGACCAUCACGACGACAACCCCAAAAUGCAUACAACCCUCCCAACGCCUCUGGAAAGGUGAAUCUGAAUCUACUCCGACAUCCACCACCACGACCGGCACAACCGGCACAACCACCGCCGAACCAGAGGACGCCCGCCCCACCUCCGACCUCGAAGCCUACGAAGCCGACCUGGCCGAGCUCGAAUCCCACGCCCCCCAACCCCCUCCCAGCAAUCCCACCCCCAACCCCCGUCGUCCCCCCUCCCGCAUAAGGGCCUCCUACCGACGCACCCGAGCCCCGACCCCGGACGCAGCAGCCGUAGGCUACAAACCCGCCCUCAGCGCCGAGGGCCUGGAAGAAGUAGGCGGCCUCGAAGGCUGGUGGGACCAGCCGGGCCACUGGGGUCCCGAGAGCGAGUACGUCGGCUUCGCCCCGGCCCCGGCCGAGCGCGUCACCGACCCGCACGUCCUCGAGGCCCUCCUCCGCCAGGCCGUCCUGGAAAGCCUCGCGGUGCGGAGGGAGCGCGAGACGAAGCGCUUCGUCGAGGAUUGGCCCGCCGCCGACCGCGCCGCCUUCGACCGCGCCAUGGCCCUCCGCCUGAAGGUCGCCGAGGACGGCGUCGUCGCCCUCCGCGGCAACUCCAACCUCGUUGUCAAGUGGUUGAACGCGAGCAAGAAGGCGCAGAAGAAGCUUCGCACCGAGGAGGCGGCUGAAGCUGCCGCCCGUACCGGAGAGGGACAAGAACAACAGCCUGCCGCCGAGGAUGGGGUUGCUGCCGAGCAAGUCGCUGUCGGAGAGGCCGCGGAUAAGGAUAAGGCUGAGGCAGCCGACGGAUCCGCAUACCACCAUUCCAUCAUGUCGCCCGAGGAAGCAAAGGAGCUGGUCAAUUCAUGGGAUCCGGUCUGGAAGAAUAUCGCCCUGUCCGAUCCCGAGGUCAAGUUUGCUGUAUGUUCAACCCAAAUCCCCCCGGCGUCCCCUCUCCCAUUAUUACCCUUGUCUUCUCUUCCGCUUCCUCUUCGUCCGCUUUCCCUUUCGUUCUUCCCCUGGCCAAUUCUUUCGCUAACUUGAAACCCCAAGAUCCGCAAGCGUACCUUCCAGCUCACAGGGCACCUGCUCCCCGACGCCAAGCUCGCCCGCGUCGAAACCGUCAACCAGUUCCUCAACAUUCUCGUUGGCCCCCCGCCUGCCAAGAAGCUGGUCGAGGCCAUCGAGCGCAAGGGCGAUUUGCUCGAGCUUCCCAACGUGCGCGUCUACUCGCGUCGCGUCACGCCCAUCGACAAGGAGAUCCAGGUUGGUCGGUGGAAGCUCAUCAGAGAAGAACUGGAGAAGCGCGGAUUGCCUCUUACGGGUCAUAAGCAUCUUGAGCCUCAUCGUGAGGCCGCAUGGGUCAAAGGUAGACCAUGAGAUGUGGCUUUG